AUGCAAAUCUUCGUAAAGACCCUCACCGGGAAGACUAUCACUCUCGAGGUUGAGUCCUCUGACACUAUCGACAAUGUCAAGGCUAAGAUCCAAGAUAAGGAAGGCAUUCCUCCAGACCAACAACGUCUGAUUUUCGCUGGAAAGCAACUUGAGGACGGACGAACUCUCUCGGAUUACAACAUCCAAAAAGAGUCCACCCUCCACCUAGUCCUUCGUCUUCGUGGCGGUAUGCAGAUCUUCGUUAAGACGUUGACCGGCAAGACAAUCACCCUCGAGGUCGAAUCGUCGGACACGAUUGACAACGUUAAGGCCAAGAUCCAGGACAAGGAAGGAAUCCCACCUGACCAACAACGUCUUAUAUUUGCGGGGAAGCAGCUCGAAGAUGGUCGAACCCUUUCCGACUACAACAUUCAGAAGGAAUCCACACUUCACCUUGUCCUUCGUCUCCGUGGAGGCAUGCAAAUCUUUGUUAAGACCCUCACGGGCAAAACGAUCACUUUGGAGGUCGAGUCUUCAGACACGAUCGACAACGUGAAGGCCAAGAUACAGGAUAAGGAGGGCAUCCCUCCCGAUCAACAACGACUAAUCUUCGCUGGCAAGCAGCUCGAAGAUGGACGCACCCUUUCUGACUACAACAUUCAGAAGGAGUCAACCCUUCACCUUGUUCUUCGUCUACGUGGAGGCAUGCAGAUCUUCGUUAAGACUCUCACGGGAAAGACGAUCACUCUUGAGGUCGAGUCGUCUGACACCAUCGAUAAUGUUAAGGCGAAAAUCCAGGACAAGGAAGGUAUUCCGCCUGACCAACAGCGUCUCAUUUUUGCUGGCAAGCAGUUGGAGGACGGUCGCACACUUUCUGAUUACAACAUUCAGAAGGAGUCAACCCUCCACCUUGUCCUUCGUCUUCGAGGAGGCAUGCAGAUCUUCGUCAAGACCCUCACAGGAAAGACGAUUACUCUGGAGGUUGAGUCGUCAGACACCAUUGACAAUGUAAAGGCGAAGAUCCAGGACAAGGAGGGUAUUCCGCCUGACCAGCAGCGUCUCAUUUUUGCUGGCAAGCAGUUGGAAGAUGGUCGUACGCUUUCCGAUUACAACAUCCAGAAAGAGUCGACUCUUCACCUUGUGCUUCGUCUUCGUGGUGGGAACUGA